AGCGCACCCUGGAGAUGGAGCUGUCAGUUCUGGCCAAGAAGCUGUGGUGCGUCCGAAAACAGCUCAUCCUCCUCCUCACUCCGCUUAUCUUCCUGCCUUUACUUUUUGCUCUGCCAGAAAAGGAGGGAAAAUGUCUCUAUGUGGUGCUUCUGAUGGCAAUGUUUUGGUGCACAGAGGCCCUUCCUCUGGCUGUCACCGCAAUGCUCCCGGUCUGCCUCUUUCCAACUCUGGGAAUUCUUCCAUCCAAAAAGGUCUGCCCUCAGUACUUCCUUGAUACCAAUUUCCUCUUUCUAAGCGGCCUGAUUAUGGCAUCGGCUAUCGAGGAAUGGGGCCUGCACCGCAGAAUAGCCCUGAAGGUCCUUAAAAUUGUUGGAGUGAAGCCGGCCUGGCUUAUACUGGGAAUGAUGUUCACCGCGUCAUUUCUGUCCAUGUGGCUUAGCAACACUGCCACCACAGCAAUGAUGCUCCCCAUUGCCAAUGCCAUCCUGGAGAGUCUGUUUGGAGACCUCGAGGCCCUGAAACAGAAGUGCAAGUGCAUUUCUGAUCCUGAAAAUGAUAUGAUAAAUGGUCAGUCUACUGUAAACCUGCAAACAGUUCACUCACUGCCCAUGGAAAAACAAAUACUCUCAAUAGAGGGGAUGGAUGGGACAGAUGAGAGUGAGGGGAGGACAGCAGAGGAAAUUCAGGCAGAGGCGGAGUAUCAGAUGAAGGUGUGGAAGGGAUUCCUGAUCUGUAUCCCGUAUGCAGCCAGUAUCGGAGGGACUGCGACUCUAACAGGCACCGCGCCGAACCUCAUCUUCAUCGGACAGCUGAAAAGCUACUUUCCAGAUUGUGACCUUAUCAACUUUGGUUCUUGGUUUGCGUUUGCCUUCCCCCUCAUGGUUCUCUUCCUGUUUGUGGGAUGGAUAUGGAUCGCGUUUCUCUAUGGGGGCCUGAACACACGAUUGUGCUUCAAGAAGCAGGACAGACUAGCACAAGCAGAAGCCAGAGCCAAGGCUGUGAUAGACGAAGACUACAGGAAACUCGGCCCCAUAAAUUUUGCCGAGGGAGCCAUCUCUUUCUUUUUCGUUCUGUUUGCUGUUCUGCUGUUCACCAGAGAUCCCAAAUUUGUCACUGGCUGGUCCGUGUUUUUCAACAAAGGGUACGUUUCAGAUGCGGUCACAGGUGUGAUCAUCGUUUCGAUACUGUUCUUCUUCCCUUCUCAGAAACCUUCAUUCAGCUGGUGGUUCAACCCUCAAGCUUCAAAUGCUCCUUAUGUUCCUCUCUUAUCUUGGAAGAAAGCCCAGGACUGUGUGCCAUGGAACAUCAUUCUGCUCCUCGGUGGAGGCUUCGCCAUGGCCAAAGGCUGUGAGGAGUCUGGACUCGCCUCUUGGAUCGGAGGCCACCUCGAGCCUCUGGCCCAGGUCCCUCCUGCUGCAGCUGUAAUGCUGAUCACAGCCUUCCUGGCCUGUUUCACUGAAUUCGCCAGCAACACUGCCACAAUCAUCAUAUUCUUACCUGUCAUCGCUGAACUGGCUCUGCGUGUUUCUGUGAAUCCUCUCUAUUUCAUGAUGCCAGCAACAGUCGGAUGUUCGUUCGCCUUCAUGCUGCCAGUGUCUACGCCACCCAACUCCAUCGCCUUCGCAUCGGGACAUCUUAUGGUGAAAGAUAUGGUGAAAACUGGCUUUGUCAUGAACAUUUUGGGUGUCCUGUCAGUCUCCCUGGCCAUGAACACGUGGGGCAUCGCCAUGUUCAACUUGAACACUCUCCCGGAAUGGGCUCAACACACCAACGUGUCCAGUGUCGUCGACACCAUGCACAUCCCAGCUGUCAAUGCUACGCUCUGACUCACUCAGUCUCAAAAACAAUGAUAAUGAAGCAUCAGUAUGUUGUAUAAAGUGUUAACAGGGUCACAAGUGAAUGUGGGCAGGUGUGCUCUGCAUAUCAUAAAGAUGGUAGAGGGGUUUUGGAGCUUGAGCUGUUACCUGUUGUCAUGCAUUUAAUGAGCGUAUGCUCAACUAUCCUCUUUCUUCUGUUUUGUCAUGAGGAUUGCAGCCCAUCUGCCUUCUGACUCGUGCUGUGAACUAUUAGUUUUGGCAGAGAGGAGCUUACACUCCUGACACUUCAAGAAUGCAGAUUUUAAAAACACGAUGGGGCUACAUUAUUUUACAGUCUUCCCUCAUGAAACCGGACAGGAGAACAUUUAACCCUACUGUGAAGUGCAACAACUUGACCUCGCAUGGUGGUGAGGAGUGUUUUUCUAGUUGGAAACUCCUGCUUGCCUGUGAGCACUGAUGCUGCUAGACUGACAUCUGCUGGUACAAUGAGGCCCGACUGUCCAGGAGCAUUACAAACCCGUGUGAAUAACUCCUUGAAAAUGUUUUUUUUUUUUAUUUUUUUUUUUUUAUUUUACUUUCUCUUGUUGAAAUCAUUCUUAUCAUCAUUCUUAUAUGGUACAUAAUUAGUCGCCAAAGCUGGUUUGGAUAUUUUAUUUUAUGUUACUAUUUUCAACAAUCAUAAUGAAAUAACAUGUAAACAAAGUUCUGAAUCUUUUCUAUUUUUAGAGUACGCAUCUAGUCCAAUGAAUGUAUAAGUUUAUUAUGAACUGAUUUGCAUUAUGUAACAGUUGUUACAACUCAAAUAAACUAUUUGAGUUUGCAUUAUGAUAA